UGUGUGUGUGUGUGUGUUGCAGCUGCCCUAUAUUAGUGUGUGCUGCUUCGUCCGCCACUUCAUUCCCUUCCUCGCUCCUCGCCAGCAAUGUCUCCCUUCCGCUUCACUCACGCCAUCGUGUGUAGGAUACCGGACUCCUACAAAACUGGCGCCCUCGGAGUCACGGAGCCCGUGGAUCUGGCCAAGGCAAGGAAGCAGCAUGAGAUGUAUGUGGCAGCACUGCGAGAGAUUGGCCUGGAUGUGAUUGAGCUGCCAGCAGAUGAGAAGCACCCCGACUGUGUGUUUGUGGAGGAUGUGGCUGUCGUGUGUAACGGCACUGCCCUCCUGACCCGGCCCGGCCAUCCUGACAGGAAGAAUGAGAUUGAGUAUAUGAGAUCAAUCCUGAAGAAUGAGCUGGAGCUGCCGGUGAUUGAGAUUGAGGACAAGAAGGCCACUCUGGAUGGAGGGGACGUGCUGUUCACAGGUAAAGAGUUCUUUGUCGGUUUGUCCUCCCGCACCAACCAGGCUGGAGCGUGUGCCCUUGCUUCAGCUUUCCCGGAGUUCCCCUGCACUCCCAUCAAGGUUGAAAAGUCCUUACACCUGAAGACAGUGCUUACAAUGGCAGGGCCUGACGUUAUGUGUGUUGGCAAUACUCCAGAUGCACAGAGCAUACUGAAGCGCAUUGAGAGAGAGGCCACGUUCAGGUACCAGACUGUGACUGUGCCUGAUGUGAAUGCUGCCAAUGUAGUCUUUGCUAACGGCGUCCUGCUGCACCGGAGUGCAGAGGAGUACCCAGCGUCUGCCAAGAUAUUUGAAGAGAAAUUAUCUCUCUGGAACUUGAAGCCUGUGACAUUCUCUGAGUUAGAAAAAGCCAAUGGAAGCCUUACUUGCUGCAGCAUUCUCAUACGCAAGACUCGCCACCUGAAGAACAUCAUGUGAGAGAAUCAAAGCAUCACCUGACCUGCUGCUGCAUGGCGAGGAUCCUUCUGGUGGUGGCUGUGCUGGGCAAGCGCUGCAGCACCUUUGACCAGUACCAGCACCAGCAGCAACAACAACAACAACAACAAUAGCAGCAGCAGCAGCAGCAGCAGUGUGCCUCAGGUCCUUUGGUAAGUUGCUUUGCCAUGACUGCCAGUAAACAUUCCAAUGCCUUGUCUGGAUUCACCUCCACUAUAUGGGAUGCUUAGUCACGCUAGAUAGAAAUGUGAAAUUAUUUAUUAAAACAUCCUCUAUAGUUAAUUUUGAAGGAAAAGUUUUUGAUGAUGGGCAAUUAUCUUAAGUGCCUAUGCAGUAUGAAUUCAUGAAAACCGAGGAAAAGUUAACAACUUCUUGUUUUCAUAAACAUUCUGAUUAACUGAAAUCAGUGCAAAAUAGACAUAAGUAUAAGAUAAUUUUCCUGUGGUGUACGUAUAUUGAAAAGUUUGUAUUUUCAUUGACAUGUAAAAGCAUUAAUGCAAUAUGAAAGUGACAGUAGAUCUGAACCCUUCAGUAUAGUCAGAAGGCAAUGAGUACAUAGGUGUGUGUGUGUGUGUACUUCACAUUAAAUUAGCAAAUUAUCUGAUUUGAGUUAAUAUAUAUAUAUAUAUAUAUAUAUAUAUAUAUAUAUAUAUAUAUAUAUAUAUAUAUAUAUAUAUAUAUAUAUAUAUAUAUAUAUAUAUAUAUAUAUAUAUCACAGAUUUCCUUCUUGAAGAAGUACCAUAUGCAACCCUCUCUUUAUCUUGCAAGGCUGACAGUGUGAAUACUUCUCAAUAUCUCUUAUCUUCUUUAUGCAUAUAUAUAUAUAUAUAUAUAUAUAUAUAUAUAUAUAUAUAUAUAUAUAUAUAUAUAUAUAUAUAUAUAUAUAUAUAUAUAUAUAUAUAUAUAUAUAUAGUCUUUGUAACACUUGCAAUACUUGUAUGAAAUGCCAAACAACACUUUAUGAAUAUACCGUUCAUGCUUCUUCUAUGUAUAGUAUAUUUUAUUUAUGAAGUUGUUGUGCUGUUGCAGUAGGAUGAAGUGUUAUGGUAUUUUGUGAAUAUUGCAAGUUGCAGACAACAUUCCUGAGUCUCAGUGUAAUGGUUAAGUAUUUUUCCAAGCUCAUGGCUUCAUGCUUGCAGGCUGACAUGUUUAGGUAUCAGAAUCAAUUAAGGAAAUCCUUUAUGAAUAUUGAAAUAAUUGUGGCACUGCAGACUAAGUACCUCUAUUAUACAGAUAUAGUUUGCCACAGAUCUUGAUGUGAAAAGGUAAUAUAUCUACUAAUCUGAUGUGAAGUACACACAGUGACCUAGAACUUGUUGGUCCCUGGAUCUGAAGAUUACCAGUUUUAUUCAUUUAUGUGUAUUUGUUUUUCUGUUUAUUGUUUUAUUGUUUAUUUAUUUAUUUAUUUUUCCAAAAUGACCAAUGUGCUUUAUACCAAAACUUGUCACUGUUGUGGCUGAAGUUCUUUUUGUGUUUUGUUUUCUUAUGUGGCGUGUGCAUAUUGCACACCCUUCCUCAUAUCAUCAAACAUUUUAUAUUUGAAUAAAAGAGGAUAUAGCAGUUCCUAUUCCUAUGAUAUGCUAAGAAUGUGCUGAUGCUUGCGUAAUAUUCAUGUACAUAUUUCAUACAGCUGAGGUCAGUUCAAUACCAGUGAUGGUCUGCUUAGUCAGUGUUUCUUAACACAAAGGAUGCAGGUGUUUUCUUUAAUUAUUUUUUAUUGAUAAUCAACUUGUCUAAAAAUCUUGAGAAUCUUUUCAUAUCUGUUCAUCUGUGAAUGGUUUUGAUGAGUAGUUUGUCUUUUGACACAAAUGAUUUCAAUUGACCCAUCUAUCUUUUAUACCAGCCUGAUCUCCUCAGAGGGAGCAGUCAAGACAUGAUGUGUCCCUGAGAAAAGGUUAUAGUUGGUUUUGGUCUCUGUGUAUUUGAAGGAUAGUACACAGCAGAUUUCUUGUGUGUGUAUAUAUAUAUAUAUAUAUAUAUAUAUAUAUAUAUAUAUAUAUAUAUAUAUAUAUAUAUAUAUAUAUAUAUAUAUAUAUAUAUAUAUAUAUAUAUAUAUAUAUGAGUUAAGAUAUUUAACAAGAUAUAAAUAUGUUGCUUUUAGUUUAUGGCUGUAGAUUGAAGGGUGCUAUUUCUAUUGAUAGAAUAAUAACUAACUCAGUGAUGAGGCUUCACAAUUGGUACUCAGUAUGUCUAUGAGUUUGGACUAACAUCUAACCAUUACUUUGUUAUUAUAAAUGUGACAUAUGUAGAUUUAGUUGUUACUGACAUGAUUACUUUUGGAUCUCAUAAGGCUUACUUUUUCUUUCUUACUGAGCUGUGCUUUAUAAGAUGUAGUGUCAGGUUCAAGAACCUGUUUACACAUAUCCCAGGUAAUUAAAUGUUGAAGCACAGUGUCAUACUUUUCUUUGUCUCAUUAUAAAUUAAGAUAAGGAAGAAAAGUGGUUUUGAUGGUUGUUUUUCAUUGUCAGUUAUGCUACAGUAACACUAAGGUUUCAUUUCAAAGAGUGUUUGUAGCAUAGUGGAUGAACUACUCUUAACACAGUAACACAACUUUCAUUUCAAGAUCUUGUUCUCUGAAACAAAAAAUUGCCUUGAGUCAUGGAAGCUAAUACAUAGAUGUGUUGUUGUGCAUUAUUUUAUAAAAAUUUUAAUUAUGAGCUUUUAUUUUAAAGUUUACCUUAUGCCUUGUUUGGCAUAAUAUAUCAAGAUAGGUAUCCACCUGUUGUUUAUCUUUGCCAUGUCAUCAUUGCACAGCAGUAGGAAUGGGCAGUGUUGCACUGUUAUGUGCCAGAAUGGGAUCCAAAGAUACAAAACAGGCUUGACUAGCUAUCUGUCAGUCUUUUCAUGUCAUAUCACUGAUGCAAAAAGAUGUCCUGUGCAGAUAAGCAACAAGUGGAUACCUGCCUGUGAAAAACUGGUGGAAACUGUAUGAGAUUAAUCUGUAAUGAUCUGGAGGUUAAUUUACUGUAAUGAUCUGAAGGUAUGAAAUGCUAUUGUGUAAGAACCCAGUGAUAACUUGACUCCUAAUAUUUAGCUCAACAACUAAAUAUUUCUUGUAGCAGGAUUUUGAAUUGUAAGUUGACAGAAUCUGCACAUUACACAGUCCUCCUUUCCUUAGAGCAA